UUAUAUGACCAGGAGGGCACGAGUCAGGUCCACCUGAGCCCCUACCUAGGAGAUUGUAUAAAAGAGCAAUCGGAGAUUAGCAACAUUAGACCUCUCCAGAAGAGACCAAGAGUGACCAUGCUUCUUGUCCCAGCUGUUCUCCUUAUUGUCCUACUAUGUCUGGUCUGGACAAUAUGGUUGAAAGGAAAACCUCAGGACCAUCCACAUCUGCCACCAGGUCCUCGUCCAUUUCCAGUGGUUGGCAACAUUCUGCAAGUAAACCCUCGGGAGCUCUUACACUCACUCGAAAAGCUCCGGGAAAAACAUGGUCCAAUAUUCACAGUAUAUUUAGGUUCUAAGCCAAUUGUGAUGCUUUGUGGAUAUGAUGUGGUAAAAGAGGCCUUAAUAGACAACAAGGAUGUAUUCAGUGGAAGAGGGAGGAUGCCACUGUCUGAAUUUGUGGUAAAGGGAUACGGAAUCACAAACAGCAAUGGAGAGCGCUGGAAGGAAAUGAGACGUUUUGCCCUUGCCACCCUUAGAAACUUUGGGAUGGGCAAGAGGAGCAUUGAAGAGAGAAUUCAGGAGGAGGCUCAGUUUCUUGUGGAGAACGUCAGCAAAACUGAAGGGAAACUGUUUGACCCUACUUUUAUCCUCAGCUCUGCAGUAUCCAACAUUAUCUGCUCUAUUGUUUUCGGGAAGAGGUUUAGUUACACAGAUGAACAUUUUCUGUCUCUUCUCAAAAAUAUAAAUGGGGCUCUUCAAUUUAUGACUUCUGCAUGGGGUUUGAUCUUCUAUUACCUUCAAGGGGCUCUGAGAUAUAUUCCUGGUCCUCACAAGAAAGGUAUUAAGCAUCUAAUCAACCUUAAAACAUUCAUUCAAGAUAGCAUUGAUGAGAGUGUGAACACACUCAACCCUAAUUCUCCACGGCACUUUAUUGAUAGCUUUCUGGUUAAGAUGCAAGAGGAUAAACAAAAUCCAGCCUCAGAAUUCCAUAAUGACAAUCUUAUUGGAUCUACAAUGAACUUGUUCUUUGCUGGGACGGAAACUACUAGUACCACCCUUCGAUAUGGCUUCCUUGCUCUACUAAAAUAUCCUCACAUUCAAGCAAAAAUCCAGGAUGAAAUUGACCAUGUGAUAGGUGAUCAUCAUCCAUCAGCAGAAGAUCGAACCAAGAUGCCUUACACUGAAGCUGUAAUCUGUGAGAUCCAACGGUUCAGUGAUAUUGUUCCCACAGGGGUUCCCCGAUCUACAAUUGAGGAUGUCACCUUUCGAGGUUACACUAUCCCAAAGGGCACAGAUGUGAUGCCAUUAUUGACCACUGUACUGAAGGACCCUGAACAAUUUCCACAGCCAGAGCUCUUCUCUCCGAAUCGGUUUCUGGAUGGUAAUGGGGCAGUAAAGAAACAUGCAGCACUUUUGCCAUUCUCUGCAGGAAGGCGAAUGUGUCCAGGAGAAAGCUUAGCUCGUAUGGAACUCUUUCUAUUCCUGACCACACUCUUACAGAAGUUCACCCUGACCACAGUGGUGCCUACAGACGACAUAGACUUAAGUCCUGAGUUUAGCAGCACAGGCCACCUGCCUCGUUACUACAAGAUGUCUGCAGUUCCUCGUCACUAACAUUUUACCUGUGUUUUACACUUUUCAUAUUAUUAUUCUAUGAGCUUAAUUAAAAUAACUUUACUAUAUUUAUUAGAAAAUAAUAUUUAAUUACCUGUUAUCAACCUUUGUCCAUCAGUGAGUUAACAUUUAAAGGCGUUUUAUCACCAUGAGAGAUAGGGUUAUCUCCUUUUUUAUUGAUGGGUGUUUCUCCAUUGACGGGAGCCCCAUGCGAAAGCAGGCUCUUUUCGUGCCAUGUAUAUUUUUUUGGAAUUAACUUUUCCCCCGGCAAUCUUUCAUGUAAGAAACCAAUGUAUCAGUUGUAUGUAUUAGAUUUACUACCCUCCAUUGGGAACCAAUUUAUUUAUUAUGUGCAAAUAGAAUUUGUAAAAAAAAAUGUUUUUGCUGAAAUACACUGUAAAUGUUUUUCUUUUAACAUUUUUCAUUAAUAAAACAAUGGAUUCCUAAACAUACACAGGCAAAAUAAUAAGUAGAGCACUAUCAAUAGAAAGACAGUAACCUAGUUCAAUUUUUGUGAGACCCCAGAGUGGUAUUACAAUUCCUAUACCCUGCUACUGUCCUUGAUAACCUACCACUAAUGUCAUCUGUGUAUUUACUCCAGGUCCUUUUACACUGUGCAUUUAUAAUGUUAAUAUGAAACUGUUUUGUAAUGUGCCUUGAUUACCAGCAGGCAGUGGGGAUCUUUAGAUAGAAUAGAACUUGCCAUUCCAUUCUCCCCCUUUUGGGCAGAAGUGGGCUAGUCCCAUUUCCUGCCAAGGGAGGGGGGCAGGAGGAAGUGUCUACUCAGUCUAAGCCAGGGCAACGUCAGAGUUAUAUAUACCAUGAUGUAGCAGUGAGGGGAGGCUCCCUUCCUGCGGCAGUAGUCUCUAUAGAGGGAAGCUGCUCUUAGAGCCCCAUGACUCCUUAUCGAUUUACAGACAAAAUAUUGUGAGGGAGUCAACAGCCAAAGGCACCCCACUCCAGAGGUACCAGAACAGUUCAGCUGCCUGAAUAGAGCCAAAUUUAGCACAGCUGAGAGAGAAAGCAGAGUACUCAAGUGUGUCUGCCAGUUUAUGCCAAAGCCUACUGGAAUUAAGAGAAAGCCUGAAUAUUGUCUGGAUACAAUUUGAAGCAAGUAAAGCUGUUGAAAUUAUAAAAGUC